GAUCAGGCUUGUGCAGCGAAGCUGAGAGCAGUGGCCAAGGCUGAGGAACCUGGUAAGAAUUCUACAGCCUCAGAAAUGUCUGUGGAAAAGAUGUGGGAGGAUGUCACCUGUGCCAUCUGCCUGGACCCCAUGGCGGAGCCAGUGAGCAUCGAAUGUGGCCAUAGCUUUUGCAAGGAAUGCAUUUCUGAGGUUGGGAAAGAUGGAGGUGGUUCAUGUCCCGAGUGCCGGCAACGCUUUAUGCUCAGAAACCUCAGGCCCAAUCGACAUAUAGCCAACAUGAUAGAAAACCUUAAAAAAACAGCCCAGGAUGCCAAGAAGGGCAGCGCCGAAGACCGCUGCAUAAAGCAUGGAGAGAAGCUUCACGUGUUCUGUGAGGAAGAUGGGCAGGCCCUUUGCUGGGUGUGUGCCCAGUCUGGGAAACACCGUGACCACACCAAGGUCCCUAUCGAAGAGGCCGCUCAGGUGUACCAGGAGAAGCUCCGUGUGGCUUUAGAAAAACUGAAGAAAGGGAAAGAAUUGGCCGAGAAGCUGGAAAUGGAUCUUGCGAAGCAGAGAACAGACUGGAAGAAGAACGUGGACAUACAGAAGUCGAGGAUUCAUUCGGAGUUUGUACACCAGAAUAACUUGCUGGCCAAGGAGGAGCAGAGGCAGCUGCAGAAACUGGAGAAGGAUGAGCGGGAGCACCUGAGAGUCCUGGGGGAGAAGGAGAUUGAGCUAGCUGAGAAGAAUCAGGCCCUGCAGGAGCUGAUCACAGAGCUGGAGCGGAGGAGCCGGGGCUCUAACCUGGAGCUACUGCAGGAGGUAAGGAUUGUCCUAGAAAGGAGUGGAUCCUUGAACCUGGAUACGUUAGAUGUUACCUCCCCAGACCUGACAAAUGCAUGCCAUGUGCCAGGGCGGAAGAAGAUGCUGAGGACAUGUUGGGUCCAUAUCACUCUGGAUCGCAACACAGCCAACCCAUGGCUCAUCAUCCCAAAGGAUAGGAGGCAAGUGAGGCUUGGAGAGACCCGUCAGAAUGUGCCUGAAAAUGCGGAGAGAUUCGAUAAUUACCCCAUGGUGCUAGGUGCACAGAGAUUCACUUCUGGGAAGAUUUACUGGGAGGUAGAUGUGACCGGAAAGGAGGCCUGGGAUCUGGGGGUUUGCCGAGAGUCUGUGCAGAGGAAGGGGCUGUUUUCACUCAGUCCUGAGAACGGCUUCUGGACCAUUUGGCUGUGGAAAAAAGACAACUACGAGGCUGGCACCGUCCCCCAGACCACUCUCCACCUGCAGGUGCCUCCGUGCCAAGUUGGGGUCUUUGUAGACUAUGAGGCUGGCAUUGUCUCCUUCUAUAACAUCACUGACCAUGGCUCCCUCAUCUACACCUUCUCGGAGUGUGACUUUGCUGGACCCCUGCGGCCCUUUUUCAAUGUCAGUUUCAAUGACGGUGGAGGAAACUCAGCCCCUCUGAAGCUCUGUCCACUGAAGAUGUGAUGGUCGGACUCGGUGCCUGCUGACCGCACUUUGUGGACGCUGUUCCCUCCUCCCUGUCAUGACCAAGGUCCAAUGACUGCUGUUCCCUCCUCCCUGUCAUGACCGAGGUCCAGUGACUGCUGUUUCCUCCUCCCUGUCAUGACCGAGGUCCAGUGACUGCUGUUUCCUCCUCCCUGUCACGACCGAGGUCCAAUGACUGCUGUUACCUCCUCCCUGUCAUGACCUAGGUCCAGUGACUACUGAAGGCAGUUUCCGGAGACUGUUACUUCCUGUUGGUGUUCCUGCCAUGCACGCUGCCUUUUUUGCCCCUCCAGGGGAACCAUCUCACACCCUCAUCUCUUUAGAGGAGCCAGAGCCCAAAAUGAAGGCGUUAGCUGGAGCAAUGGAAAGUCAACGUCAACUAACCUUCAACAUCAAUAUUCCUACCGUAGGUUCCUUAAGGACUCCCGCCGGUGAGACAGACUCCUCACAGUGGACCCGAACUCUUCUAACCCAGACAAGACCACAUUUCUGUCUCCUUCGUGUGACUUCCUUUGUUUUCUUUUCUCUGUUUCUUGGCUAUUAACUUGGGCCACUUACCUAUCUAUUCCUGUAUCGUCCAUGGCUUGUCAAAAGGCGUCCUAAGAAACUGCUUCGGUUCUUGUUGGAGAAGUCCAAAUAUGUGUAUUUAACAUUGUACAUCUUUUAGUUUGGA